UCGAACCGGUCCACAACGAUUCGAACUCCCGUCAGCCAAAGGUUUCUGGAGCGUCCUGUAUGGCACCCUUGAAAUCGGCGCCGGCUCGCGCAGGGCCGAAAGCGUCGGAGGGAACGCUGGCGACGGUCCCGUUCUCGUCGACAGCGGCGAGUGUGUUCUCCACGCGAGGAGCCGAAACGUCGACCUGGUCAACAAGAAGCCGGAGUAGCUCAGUUUCAACGGCGCUGACUUCCGCUACCCCGGUUGAUGAACCAUCAGGGGUUCCAGGCACCACCGCAGGCGCUGUCACCGGCGUUUCGGUCGCGAUUCGAACGCACGAUCGAGACACGGCCAGGCGAGAGAAGAAGGCGCGAACCAGGGUCCUAGUCGUGGCCUGGUGCUGGGGCAUGCUGCCCGGUGUCCUGGCGGGGGCGGCGCUUACCUACUCCCUCUGGCCCGUCGGGACGCGGGUCACCAAGUCAACGGAAAAAAGCCCAGAUUCACCAGGCGCCACGACCCCUACGCAAUCACCGGUGACUGUGCCGUCCCCGGUGUCCACGAUACCGACCGCAGCUACGGUUCCGGUCACGCCAGCGCCGCCAACCGUUCCACCGCCGACGGUACCGACCCCUACCAUUGCGGUGACCACACCAACGGUAUCCACCAUCCCAAGUGCACCAACCGUGCCCUCGAUACCGGCCACGCGCACAAUACCAACAGUAGCCACGGUACCCACUGUGCCCGCAAUGUCCACUGUGCCCACAAUGUCCACUGUGCCCACAAUGUCCACGGUGCCCACGGUGCCCACGGUGUCCACGGUGCCCACCAUGCCGACGGUUCCUGUCCCACUACCGACGGCUCCGCGAGCAACAAUCUAUCCGGGUGGACCUCGAUUGGCGGCAGAGUACUUGAACGUGUCACUCAACUGGACUCUAUCGCCAUGCGACGACUUCUACGGCUUCGUGUGCGGUAGAUUCAAUGGGCCUUACCUAGACGUCCUCUCAAAUCUCGGGUGGUUCAUAAGUGGCGCGAGCAAAGCCCUGCUCCUGACCAUCGACGUUCCUCCAAGGAAUCAGACCUCCGUGGAAAAAGCGGCCGGUCUGUUCCAAGCUUGCCUACGACUUGCGUACAACGGUACUGCCAGUGAGGCGGAUGCGCUGAGGUCGUUUCUUGAACCAAUCGGCCUCGAUGUCUCCAACAUGGCUCCCGACCCGAAGUUCAUCGUCCUAGAGAAGAUGGCACAGUUGUCCAUGGAAUACGGCUUCCCGAGUCUCGUCAAGUUUAGCUUCAUCCGAAGACCGACCCGCAGCAAGAAAAUCUUAGAUAUGAAGAUAUUCGACGGCGACAAGGAGUGGAUAUUGGCUUCGCACCAAACACACAGGGACCGCGGUGCUUUGGCAGCGUACUACGAGAAGUACCUGAAGUUCUACGACUCGAAUAUGAACUUCACGGCACUCACCAGCCGCAUCAUCGCAGCCGAGAAAGCCUUUGCAGACUUCCUUGGCUUACUUCUCGCGAAGGACUUUUUCGUCGGAUUAACUCUGCGACUAGAGCGCCUGGGAACGUUCACGGAACCUACCAUCCCUGGUGCGGAGUGGGUGCGGAUUUACAAGAAAUUCACGGACGACGCGUACGACGGCAAGGACGUGGUGGUGCUGUGGGACAACGCGACGGCCGUGGCAGUGUUCGCAUCGGACACAAGUCGCCUGGCACGCGAGGAGGCACGCAUUCUGAUGGCCUGGAGCGUGCUGCGGCGCCUCGUCGUCUACACCAGCGGUCGCGCCAUGAGGACACUCGCGAAGCCGGAAGACGUCGAGAACUUCUGCCUAGACACCGUCUCGGGGGUCCUCGAGAUGGCUGUCACCCGCCGUUACGUCAGCACGUAUACUCCUCAGAGAGCGCUUUCUGCCGCGAAGACGAUGGCGCUCCGCAUGAUCGCAACGCUGGCGGACAAGCUGUCCAACACGGGGUGGAUUGUGGAUCCGGUGCGGAACAACACCCUGCGCAAGGCCCGUAACUUGAGGCUCAUCGUGGGCUACCCCAAGCACCUGGAGAACGCCUCUGAGCUGGAACAGUUUUACGCGACUUUCCCGGACACUGGGGUGGGCUUCGUGAAACCUUACCUGGAGACGCACAGGCACUUCACCAGCCGCAUGUUCAAGGAGAACGCUACCGAGAACUUCACCACCGGUGUCGCCAAUGCCGAGUACAGCGCGGGCUUGAAUGCCAUAACGAUUCAGGCGGGAAUCGUGCAGCCACCCGUGUACUUUCCUGACGGAACGGCAGCGCUCAACUACGGAGGACUAGGGCAGAUCAUUGGGCACGAGAUCAUGCACGGUUACGACGUCGACGGCAUCAAAUUUGACGAAGACAUAAAUGAAGUCAACUUCAAGAACACUUCGACGAUGAUGGAGUACGAGCGCAAAGUUCUCUGCCUUCGCAAGUCGUACCAAAAUGUGGAAAGAAAUGCCAGGCAGCUCGACACGAUAACGGACUCGGAAGGCUUCGCCGACUACGCCGGACUCCAGCUGGCCUACGCCGCCUACAAAAGCCUGCCGGUCGCCGAGCAGGACAGGAAGCUGUCCGGCCUCGACCUGAGCGCCGACAAGGCUUUCUUCGUUUCGCACUGCCUCAAGUGGUGCGACUUAGUCAAGAAACGUAUCCCGGGCAAACGCUACUGGGCCGGCCGGUCGCGCUGCAUCGUGCCGCUGCAGAACAUGCCCGAAUUCGCGGCCGCAUUCCGCUGCAAGACCGGGGACCCGAUGAGUCCCGCGGACAGAUGCGACUUCUGGUAGAAGACGCGGUGAUGCUUUCACUCAUCGCUUACCGAGCCGCUGGAUUGUGCCUGCGGUUACGACGCGAGGACUUCUUUGUGUGUAUUUCUCAACUCUUUUUAUGUUUUUCUUGUUUUUGCAGGCGAGCGGUCAGAUCAACGCGUGAAAUAUCUGCCGCUUGUUGCGAACAGUGGAUGUCACAACGCGUGCUCCUAUUGAUUAGCUUUGUGUGCUUGUGGUUAUCGCAAGCUACGCUCUCACGAACAAUUGUUUAGUUGGCGAAGGGAUCAGAUGAACUCCACGGGCACCGCUUGACUUGCGAAUGACCAUGCGCCUAUAAAAAAUGUGCAUGCAACUAAUUAGGUGGUAGGUACGUUUCGGCGCGCUAUGAUAAGUACGCUACCAUCUAUGGAGAGUAACAUGACUGCCACUCCUGGCAGUCUUUACGUACGUUUCCUUUCGCUCUUAACACACACACGUCACCCGUAUUAUCGAGCCAGAAUGACGAUGCGUACCAAUAGCGUACCCACGCGCCUUAGUGUACCACAAAGUCUAGAGGCUGUGUUCCUCAGUGGCGUAUGCAAAGGAAUAGAAAUGUAUAAUAUACCGUAACCGGAGCUGCGUUCUUUAAAGCUCCCUAAUAACGGCAGUCACACAAAAAUAGAGGUCUGUUUCUCGGUCGUGUAUCAGUGUGUCUACCAAGUUGACAUUUCUAAAUUCCCGUAGUUUUCCAGGU